AUGGAGAAAUUGUUAGAAGCUUUAGAUUGCACUGACUCUCAGAAGGUGCGGUUUGCAACUUUCAAGUUGAUUGGAGAAGCUGAGCAUUGGUGGAGAUCUACUAAAGCCAUUUUGGAGGGAAUGGACACUGAGAGAAAUCCCAUCACUUGGGAGAAAUUUAAAGGGGUUUUUUAUGAUAACUACUUCCCUGAGGUGGUUCGAGAACAAAAAGAGAGGGAAUUUGCUAAUUUGGUGCAAGGAAGUAUGACUGUUGAGCAGUAUGCUGCUAAAUUCAUCGAGUUAUCUCGCUUUGGACCCCACUUAAUCCUUACUAAGGCGAAGAAAGCAAGCAGAUUUCAAAAGGGGUUGAAUGAGAGACUUCGACACCAUUUGAUUGCAGCAGGGGUUGAUAACUAUGCAGAGUCAGUUAACAGAGCUAUGAGACUGGAGGAAGAUUUCAAGAACAAUGUUAGGAAGGAGAACCCACCUAGAAACACUGGACAGACAGGCUUUCGUCAAGGCAAUGCUCAAGGUCAGUGGAAUAAGAAAGGAUCUUUUGGGAGGUCUGGGAAUAAUUCAUCAUCAAAUAAGCUAGAAAAUAAGAAUCCACCCCAAAAUGCUCAAGGUAGAAGUUUGAAUGCUUGCCCUACAUGUGGAAGGUUUCAUGGAGAUAAGCCGUGUUUCUUUGAAGGAAAGGCUUGUUAUAAUUGUGGAAAGACAGGACACUUAGCUAGAAGCUGUACUUCUCCUCAACAAAACUCAAUGGCAUAA